AACUGAACUAGUGAACUGGCUCUUCUUUUCGUCUUCCCGUUGCAGCGCUACCGGUGUUUUCUGUUCUGGUCUGUUUGUUCUUCUGUCAGAAAAAGAAUGAAAAAAGAGAGAGAAAGAGCUGUGCUGUUUUUCUGCGAUAAGUCGAUAACCUGCUUGGUUCAUUAAUGUCGGGAGAGCUCACUUUCUUCGAUGAAUGAAGGAGACCAUGUGCUAGCAGUAAAUGACUCGACGACGUCUACCAACUGCCUUUCCUCCUCCCUUGAAAAUUUUACUGCAUUUCAUCCAAAGCUUCCUGGAGCUUAGAUCUCCGCGUAUGGUUGGUUCUUUCCGUUGAUAUCUGCAUUACUUCUUCACGGGUUGGUCUGUAAAUUGCUUGAGAAGCCAAAUCUUCCUCUAAAUAGGGAUCUACUCCUGGUCAUAUCUUUCGUGGGGUUAUUUUAUUUUGGCUCAACUAGCUUCAUCAAGCAGCAUUUCCCGUGAACACGCUCCCUUGGCCGUCGGAGGCGGGUUUUUACUUUUAAGCCAUCCCUUCUAUAUUUGCCGCGCAGGCCUUUUCCUUUCACCCCAUUUCUUGAAAACUCGGUGCUUUCUUGAGAAGACAUAGCUCUUUUGAAGUUAUUACUCGAUUCUGCGCUGCCAUUCCUCUGUUUCUGCUUCAUAGAUUUUGCCCCAACUUGAUUAAAGAUCCAGCUUCAGCGAAAAACCAGUUCACAAAUCAUCCUUAUCAGUUAUUUUUCUCAAAUAAUUCUUGAUAAUCUUUCAUGGACCCCUAAGCUGUUAAGCAUGCUUCCACCUUUUCUUGUUUAUAUUUCUAACAAAUUUUCUUUAGUUCAUUUUCCCUGAAGUCGCUAAAAAGAAAACCCAAACUUGGUUUUUGUUUGCUUGGCUUUUUCUUAUCCAAUGACAUCUUAUGCCUUGUUUCUGCUGCUAUGUUUUCCUCUGCUUUUCUCCAUUCCUGCUACCCAUCAGUUGCAAACCUACCAAACCCAAGUUCUCCUACAGCUAAGGAAACACUUGGAAUACCCACAGGCAAUUGAAGUUUGGGACAAUUACAGUGGAGACUUAUGCUUCUUACCUUCUUCUCCACAGAUGACCAUUGUAUGCCAAGGCAACUCUAUAACGGAGCUCAAAAUCAUGGGUGACAAAACCGAUAAGGUCAGUACGUUCGAAGGAUUUGCAAUUCCUAACCUGACUCUGUCAGAGGCUUUCUCCAUGGAUUCUUUUGUCACAACCCUGUCCAGGUUAACCACGCUCAGAGUUCUUAGCUUGGUAUCUCUAGGGAUUUGGGGCCCACUUUCAGACAAAAUCCACCGGUUAUAUUCACUUGAGCUUCUUGAUUUGAGUUCAAACUUUCUAGUGGGUUCGAUUCCUCCGAAGAUUUCUGCAUUGGUACAGCUUCGCUCUUUGACAUUGGAUGGAAAUUUCUUCAGUGAUAGUGUCCCGAACUGGUUCGAUUCCUUAUCAAAUCUGUCGAUUUUGAGCUUGAACGGCAACCAAUUGAAGGGACCAUUUCCUUCUUCAAUAUGCAGAAUUAAGACUCUUACUAGUCUUGCUUUGUCUCACAAUCACGUAUCUGGUAAAUUACCUGAUAUGGGUAGCUUAACUGAUCUGCGCAUGUUGGAUUUGCGGGAGAACCGGUUGACUUCUGAAAUACCUCGGUUGCCGAAAGGUUUGGUCACGGUCCUCCUGAGCAGUAAUUCCUUCUCCGGUGAAAUUCCUCAACAAUUUGGUGAGCUUGAUCAGCUUCAACAUCUCAACCUAUCAUUUAAUUAUCUGACUGGAACACCACCUGCAGCAAUUUUCUCUCUGCCAAAUAUCAGUUAUCUGAAUUUGUCGUUCAAUAAGCUGACCGGAUCACUUCCCUCCCAUCUAAGUUGCAGUGCCGAACUUGGGGUUAUUGAUAUUUCUAAUAAUAGAUUAACGGGUGGAUUACCUACUUGCUUGAGCUCUCAAUCAGAUAAAAGAGUUGUCAUGUUUGGCGGGAAUUGCUUAUCUGUUGAUCCACAACACCAGCAUCCAGAGUCAUAUUGCAAGGAAAUCCACAUGAUGGAUAAAGAGUCCGGGGGCAUGAGUAUAGGAGUAUUAAUUGGUGUUAUUGGAGGAGCUGUUACUGUUGUGAUACUUUUGGCAUUUGGGUUUCUCAUUUUGAGUAGAAGAUAUUGCCCAAGAGGGACUUCUGAGCGGCACUUAACACGGAAGGCAGUCCCUGAUAGAGCGCCAACAGGAUACUCCUCCGAGCUCCUUGCAAAUGCAAGGCUUGUUUCUGAAGCAGCAAAGCUAGGGACACAGGGUGUACCAACAUAUCGGGUUUUCUCUCUAGAAGAGUUAAAUGAAGCCACAAACAAUUUUGAUCAGUCAACAUUUAUGGGCGAAGGUUCAAUGGGAAAGCUCUUCAAGGGAUGGCUAGAGAAUGGCACCUUCGUUGCUAUAAGAUGCUUGACAUUGUCUAAGAGAUUCCCAAUUCGAAACCUUAAACUCCGGUUGGAUUUAAUUGGUAAGCUGCGGCACCCACAUUUGGUUUGCCUCUUGGGGCAUUGCAUUGAUGGUGUUGGACAAGAUGAUUGCUCUGUCAACAAGGUCUUUCUUAUUUAUGAGUAUGUGGCUAAUGGAAAUCUCCGUACUCAUCUCUCAGAGGAUAGCCCAGGCAAAGUUCUUAAAUGGUCAGAGAGAUUGGCAGUUCUUAUUGGUGUUGCAAAGGCUGUGCAUUUCCUACACACUGGGAUAAUUCCUGGUUUGUUCAACAACCGAUUGAAAACAAAUAAUGUUUUGCUUGACGAGCAUCAAAUUGCAAAACUAAGUGACUAUGGGUUGUCCAUUAUCACAGAUGAAAUCAUCAAGCUUGAGGUGAAGGGAGAAGGCCAAAAAUUGCAGAGAAAAAAGUUAGAGGAUGAUGUGUAUAGUUUUGGAUUUAUAUUACUUGAAGCACUUGUGGGACCUUCAGUAUCUGGAAGAGGAGAGGCGUUUUUAUUAAAUGAAAUGGCAUCAUUUGGUAGCCAGGAUGGUCGAAAAAGAAUUGUGGAUCCAGUUGUCCUCACCACUUGUUCUGAAGAAUCAUUAUCAAUUGUUAUCUCCAUAACAAAAAAAUGCAUAUCCCCAGAAUCAUCCAGCCGACCUUCUUUUGAAGAUGUCCUCUGGAACUUGCAGUAUGCAUCUCAGGUCCAAGCAACAGCAGAUGGGGAUCAGAGAUCAGAUGCGACUUCACAGACAUCCAUAUCCCAGCAGAACUAGACUCAGCAACAUCACAUUCAUUUUAGGAACCUCCCUCUUGAAGGACUCAAAUGGUUCUGCCAACACAUAAAUGUUGCCUAUUUUUGGCUGCUUUUAGUCCAUUUUCUCCAUCUUCUUCCAUUCUUUUCCCCUUCUCUUUUCUGGAAUUGUAACAUAAAUGUCUUUAUUUACAUCGAUUAUAGUGCAAGGAAAGAUUGAAUGGCUUUCAGCAA